CUGGCCUUCCGAAAUCCAUUGCAUGACCCCAGAGUGUACGAGGGAGCUCCUCCGGGUAUUCAUGUCCACACAGUCCAUGCUUAUGAUCCCGGCAGAAAAUCUGUCAUGUACAACUUACUGGACGUCCGGGAUCAUACGUAUUUCAGUAUGGACUCGUCGUCGGGCAACAUCUCGACAGCAAAGACGAUUGAUAAGAAAGUUGGCGAUACAUAUGAGAUCAUUGCUGUUGCUAUCAGCCAAGGCGAAACAAAACUUCGCCAACUCCAAAUCACAGUGACAGACUUCAAUAUCCAUCCACCAGUGUUCGAACACGAUGUCUACAGAGGCGAACUGCACGUUCGAUCCAAAGUUGGAGUCACUGUACUCAGAGUUCGAGCCUUGGAUGACGAUCCAGUUCCCUACAAUGCAGAAGUGUACUAUAAACUGGACGAACCCAAAGACCCAAGAGGAAGAUUCAGCAUGGAUCCUAACACUGGUGUCCUGACUCUAGCGAGGUCAUUAGAAAUGAGUCCCUCAGAGCCAAUAGUUGAAUUAGGGGUGACAGCCGUUGAUGGUGGAUCUCCGAAGAGAUCAGAUUAUGCCCGAAUCGAAGUCCUCAUCAAAACUAUUUCAGAACCUAGAGAUGUCCGUUCUGCAAAUGCAACAGGAUCGACCGUUCAAGUAUGCUGGACAAGACCAGAAUUUGGUCAAGUGUUGGGCUACAUUGUCAAAUACAGAGAAGUUGAGAAUCCUCACGGGCAACCUUCUUUUCUAAACAUAACUUCAGAUGCAACUUCCAAGUGUUCCACACUUGUUGAAUUAAAGCCUUGGACGGACUAUGAAUUCCGAGUGUAUGGAUGGAACAGAUUUGAAACUGGACAAGGAAGCACUGUUGGACGAUUUGGUACUCGACCUGAUUAUUGUCAGAUGAACAUAUGCCAACACGGCGAAUGCCACGUCCUGAAUGAAGAACCUGGUUACCACUGCGACUGCGUGGAAGGGUACUUCGGCGAAGUCUGUGACAAGUUUGACCCUUGUUCUCGAAGCCCCUGCGAGAACUUCGGUGUCUGUCGCAACAUUUCCAGCAACAAGUACCGCUGCGAAUGCCUCUCAGGAUUCUCGGGCCAGAACUGCAGCGAGUUCAACCCCUGUGCCCUUCGCCCAUCGCCUUGCCAACAUGGCGGUCGUUGUGAAAGCACUGCCAGCCAUAAAUAUCAGUGCUACUGCACGAAGGGGUUUUACGGGAAGACGUGCCAAUUUUUCGAUCCGUGUUCGCUCGACCCCUGUCAGAACGGUGGAAAGUGCCAGAACUCUUCUCAAGUGGAUUACGUGUGUAAAUGCAUACCGGGCUACGCUGGCAAACAGUGUGAAAUUGACAUUGAUGAAUGUGCAUCCUCUCCUUGUAAACACGGGGCCACUUGUCGAGACGGAAUUAAUACGUUUCACUGUCAGUGCGCCCCGGGUUAUAGAGGGACAAGGUGCAAGCAGAUAGAGCACUGUUCGCCGAAUACGACGAUCAGUGAGAAAGGGGUGUUCCGGUGGAAUUCUACCUCCCACGGGAGAGUCCAGUUGAUCGAAUGUCCUUUCGGCUCGACGUUCCCCGACCGGGAAUCGGCCACGGGAUAUGCGAAGAGGAGAUGCUACCUUUUUCCCAAUGGGUCAGUCGCCUGGGGACCCGUGGAUCUCAGCAGUUGUAGAGAAGAGGGCUAUAAGAAUGCCGAGGAUCUUACAGGAGAACUAUGGAUGCUCACAGAAGAUCCUAAGCAUCUGAAUGUGGAACGUCUACAAGCGGCUACAAAGCAGAUUGAAGGAGUCAUUGAAUACGCAAUACAUGACAAAAAGAUUGCUCGAAAUAUGCUGUCCAUUGUAAGUAACAUGCUAGCAAUAAAUGAGUCACUUCUUAGAAUGGGCGAUCUGAAUGGAACAGCAGCAACCAGAAUAACGAAUCUGGUGGACCGAUUCGCUUCUGAAGUGAAGCUGGCUCGGGGCGAGGCCAUCACUCUCAAGACAGAAAACUUGGUGGUGAAGGCCAUCUCCUGGGACCCCGAGACGAAUGAUGUAGAAGACGACUCUCUCACCUUCUCUGUCAAUUACCAACAGCGUCAGAGGAGGGAGUACUCGGGCAAGGGCAGGUACAGACCUUUGCCACCCUCACAGACAUUCUGGGCAGAAGAAAAUGACUCCCUUAGGGAAGACCAGGGAUCAUCUUCUUUUUAUAACGAUGCAGAGAUGACCAUACCGCUUGAAGCUUUACUUAUGGCACAAAAUCAAAGCAAUCAAGAAUUGAGGAUCAAAUUUGUGGCAUACAGAAACGACAAAUUCUUUAGAGAAAAACCAACUGCCAGAUGGAGGCAUUGCUAUGAUGGCUCUGGGUAUCGUAGAAGGUACAACUGCCUACAGGCAGAAACUACAGGUUUUCCAGGUCGUCGCGUUCUUCAGGCAAGCAUCUCGAAUGCAACUGUGUCCAAUUUGACAGAUCCACUCAUCUAUGUCUUGCCAUCCCCUCUGAAUGUCAGAGUUUUCUGCGCUUAUUGGAAGGAAAGUGAAAGAAUUUGGUCAACAGAUGGACUGAUUACAAAUCAAAGUGGAAAUUCAACAGUUUGUCUUUCCUCACAUAUGACCUCAUUUUCUCUCUUGCUGGAUCCUACUCCAAACGAAGGGAUUUCACCUGAUCAUCUGUUUACACUUUCGAUCAUAUCUUAUAUUGGAUGCGGUUUGUCAAUGCUGGGGCUAGUUCUCACAAUAAUUACAUACUCUUUAUUUAGAUGCUUAAAUCGGGAUCACCCAGGACAAAUUUUAAUUCAUCUUUGUGUGUCGAUGCUGAUGAUGAAUGCUGUAUUCGUAGUGGGUUCUCAAAAAGGACAUGUACUUGGGGGAGUCGAUGUGUGUGUUACAGUUGCAAUUCUCAUACACUACUUCCUUUUGACAACACUGACAUGGAUGUGUGUGGAGGCUAUCAACAUGUAUCAACUUCUGAUUCAUGUUUUUGCAUCUUCAGAAUCCCAUUUCAUGCUUAAAAGAGCUAUUCUGGCUUGGGGAAUUCCAUUUAUCAUUGUUGGAGUAACGGUUCUAAUGGACUGGGAAGUUUACUACAACCGAAAUGAAUACUGCAUGUUAUCAGCAUCCAACCCUUACGUGUACUACAUCAGCUUCUUGGGACCCUCUUGCCUGAUUCUUUUUGUCAACCUGACGGUAUUUCUGAUGGUGACGCGAGUCCUCUUCACUCCCAGGAAUGUGUCCGCCAAGAAGCCACCACAAUGUAGCAAGAAAGAUAAGAUCCUGGUCACCACUGCCCAAGUCAGAGGAGCGUUCACUGUCAUGGUUUUACUCGGAGUUUCUUGGGUAUUCGGAGCCUUCGCCGUGGGUGAAGCUAGACUCAUUUUCCAGUACAUCUUCUGCGUUGCCAACUCGCUUCAAGGAUUUCUCAUAUUUAUUGUCAGAUGCCUGCAGUACCCGGAAGCCAGGAGUGCUUGGUAUCAACUUCUGAAGACUGGAACCUUCAAAAAAUACCGCGGUAUGGUACCACCUGGCAGUUGGUCGGGCAAUUCCAAUUCCGGGCACAACAAGCAAAAUGGACACUCGACGACAACUCGGCUGGGCAGUGCAGACAUGACUAACGUCGGACCCUUCAACACCAAUGCUUUCUGGGGGCAGGAAAAGACCUCUCUCCCCGUAGAUGUCACCUCUUCAGUCAAAGACGAUUGCUGUGACGUCAGCUACGAUGAUCCGAUACCCAUACCUUCUGAUGCCGUGCUGGACUAUGCGACUAUAACUCGAGGGUCAGCUCAGUUGUUGACAUUCAGCAGCAGUGGAAAUACAUUGAAAAGUACAGCCAGCAAGGAUGAUAAGGCUAGAAGAGGGUCUAAGAACAAGAAUAUGAGCAGAUCCAAUUCGGAAUCAUCUCAAGACCAAUCGAAACUCGGCAGUGAACACCUUGGAUCGGAAAUCACCAGCAGUCAUUACACCUUCGGCCUCAGCCCGGCCGUCGUAGUCGAAACGACCGACAGUGAUAAUGAAGACAAAAGAUCCUACCGCGAAGCCGUCAAGAACGAAAUUCCGGAUGUCACAUCCUCUAAGGACACUGAACUCAGCUCACUCCCUGCAGAACCCAAAAGCCGAAGUUCCUACAGUUCCUCCAUAGGCUACAUUGAUGAAGAAGCAGAACGAAGGGACAAGAUAGCUGCCAGCACUUUGGACAGGAAGAUGUUCUCACCAAAAGGAUCCACUCUGUUCGGUCACAUAAAACCGGACUCUCCCCCAGAUCUAGACAAGCAGAAUUCUUGGCCUCGAACCCUCAGCUCUUUCAUGGGAGGCAAGGAACCUAUGAAGUUCUCUGUGUCUGACAUGAACAGCGGUAACCAGCAGCUGAGCAAGAGAGGUCAGAAUCUCGGUGAAUGUCAAGACAGACAUUCAUGUCAGGUCAUACCUCUGCAAGUCAGACCUUCAACACCAUCCGCCACACAUACGUUUACCCCAGCAAUCAGGGACAGUGAAUUCACGCAUUUAAGUCCAGGUAUCCACUCACCAUUCAGCGACACAGCCUCAUUACCGGAUAGGUCAGUCGGACACCACCCACAUCACCACCUGCACCACCAUCAUCAUCACCAUGCCGUACCGGAUCGCUACGGUCGUGUCGUACCCCAGCCAGCGACUCAUCCUUGGCACAACUCGUCCUUGGACUGCGAAGAUGUAGUUGAAGAGAGUGAUGUGUCCAUCUCUGGACCGGCCACGCACGUUUUCGUCCCUCAGUUGCCACUAGACAAUCAGCAGGGUGAGUCCACCCCUCAAAGCGAGUUGACGCCACCUGAUCAAGAGACUUUUAGAAUUUGGGAAAGACAAGGUCUGGUGUCUCCAAGCGAGUCCAUGUUUAUAGACUCGGCUGCAUCGAGACUGUGAGACUGAUUUUGCAGAGAGUUUUUGUGAUACGCUCGUUUUUUGUGAUCUGCCUGAAAGUACGUUUGAGCCCCUUCCUCCAAAGAUGAUUCAUUCGCUGUCAUGUGAUAUACACAUACAGUUUGAGUCGUGAUUUUUUGAGAUUCUUUUUUUAUGAUUCUUAUUUUAUUUCUAUCAGCUACUCUUUUUCUUUGAUGAAUGCCAUUUGUAUUACCGUUUCAGAUGUGUGGACUCUCUUCGUCUUUUGUGAACAAUGUGCAUCUGAAGCUCUUUAGAGCUUGAAUAUCUACUUAAAUUGCUGAAGUCAGCUAUAUUUCAGCUUUUUACAAGAGACUUCGAAACGUUGAUUUUCGAAACAAAUUAAGUAUUGAAACAUCCCUUAUUCGUAUCUUUGUUUAAACAGUGGUAAAUAUCACUGACAAAUCAACAAUAUUAUCAAACCUGGUUGAAUCUCAUUGUUGUAAUCGUCAUGGUGUAUUUGAUGUAAUUAUUUGAAAUCCCGGACGAAAUGUAAGUGUUUAGUGAAAUAUGGUAUAUCAUUUAAUCAGUGUUGUAACAUCACAAUCAUUAAAUUUCCAGGAAUGAUGAUUUUUCUAGGUUUCACAAAAUUUAGCAAAAUUAAUUGUAUAAUUCAAGGCAAUUAUCUACAAUUAUGCAUCCAAAUAAAUAUGGAUAAAAUUAUAAAUACCGAAAAAUCUUGUGAAAUCGUCAGCCUGAAUGUAAUUUCAGUAUUUGAAAUUACCAAUCAAAUUUCUGUCAAGUUAGUUGUUACAAGCAACUAGCUUAUGAUAUCUUAAGCAUUAAGUUUGCAUGAUUAACUGUUUAUCAGAGUUUUAUUGCAUUUUCUUUGUGAUUGUACUAAUCAAUUUCUUUUUAAGUCAGUUAGUUAUAACUAAAUUUCAAGCUCAGGUAAAGAAAUUAAUAAUUAACAGAAAAAAAUGCAAAGUUGUAACAACUGCAAUGUAAAGGCUGUAAAAUUAUAUGUCAAUACAGCAAAUGCGGAAAUAUGCUAGAUGGUCUGCCUGAUAAGGAAAAUAUGUGAUAGAGAGCAUUUGUGAACUGACCAAAUCUACUAUAUAUGUGUGUUUGUCUGAAGUGUUCGUUUUAAAAAAUUUCUUUAAAAAGGCCGGAUUGUGUUUGUGAUUAUGGAUCAGUGCCUAUGCAUGUGUUAAACAGAUAAAAUGUGCAAUUUGAAGAAUGUGCUAUAAAGAAUUCCCUUUUUAAAUAAAAACUGAAAAAUAUUUUGAUGAAUAUUUAUGAUGAAGUGAAAAUAUUUAAAUAUCCGUAAAUCGCAGUUAUUAUCUAGACUGAUGGAUUAUAGUUAAGUCGGCAAAAUUGUCAAACUUUCAUCAAAUGUUAAAAUAUUCGCCAAAUAGAACGCCAAUUUGGAUGAUGGCGAGAAAAAAAAUUACUCCUGAGGAACAUGGGAAAAAUUAAAAUUUAUCGACCAUACAAUAGUGCGUGUCUAUUUGAUAAUUGCGACUGAUGUGCUAUUAUAGAAAAUGAUUAUUUAAAAAAUUUUAAGAUAUUAUUCUGCAUCGAGACCUUUAAAAAAUUAAUUCCAAAAUAACAUUAUUUCUUUAAAAAAUAUUUUACUUUGUAAUAAAAGAAUAAUACAAGAACAGAGGGAGCAGGUGUAUAGAAAAGAAAAUGUAUAUUUUGAAGAAUCUAGUAACAGAAUCUUUCUAUCAUAAGUUAUAAUUUCCUAAAGUCUCUCUUGUGUAUAUGUUCUGGCAUAUGCAAAUUUCAAUUUAACAGUUUCAGUUAUUUUUUAUUUAUAAACAAUUAAUAAAUUGUGAUUCUGACAUCCAAAUAUAUAAAUAGAAUAA